UACGUUGAUGGUCAGUUCUUUUGUUCCCCAGACGGGGCCUCUAGAGAGAGAGAGAGAGAGAAAGAGAAGAGGAGGAGGAGGGGAGGAGAGAGAGAGGGAGCUGCCUGCCUAGUUGAUUGCAGUGUGAAAGAGCAACAAUGUUAAUGUGUGUUUGCUAGAGAACCGGAGAGAGAAAGAGAUGCUGAUAGAUGUGCAAAAUGGCGCAAGCUCACUCGACCCCUUGAGCCACAAAUUCUUAUAACUGGGGACAUAAGGGUUUAGCUGUUGGUUUCUUUCGCUUUGACCAGUUUUUUUUUGUAUCCUAAUAUUUCAUUUCAAGGUGCUUAAAUGGUUUCCAAACGCUGCUACCUGUCUUGUGGCGCACUCGGAUUACUUCUGACCGCUUUAGUGGAGGUCGGUCACUGCGCAGAGCUCGCUUUUGCUGUGGAACCCAGUGACAUCAUUGCUGUCCAGGAGCAGCCUUUGAUGCUACACUGCCAAGUGGAUGGCAUCCAGCCAAUCACCACGUCGUGGAGGAGAAACGGUGUGCUCCUAUUGGACGGUGAGAACAAUGCCAUGUUUGUCAAUGGAUCGCUGGCGAUCACCAGGUUCCAGAAGACGAAGGCCGACGGGUCCUCGGAUGAAGGGGACUAUGACUGCGUCGCCCAGAACCACUUUGGGCUGGUGGUCAGCCGGAAAGCAAAAGUGCAGGCUGCAACGAUGGCUGAGUUCCACGUCCACCCCCAGUCGGUGCAGGUUGAGGAGGGGGGAGUCAGCCGCUUCCAGUGCCACAUUCACGGGCUGCCUGAGCCGCUCGUCAGCUGGGAGAAGAACGGAGUGCCGGUGGACACAGACAACGAGAGGUACACACUCUUGCCCACCGGCGUGCUGCAGAUUACAGGAGUCCGAGCCGAAGACAGCGGGAUCUUCCGCUGCGUUGCCACCAACAUCGCCAGCGUCAAGCGCAGCCUGGAGGCCAGGCUCACUGUAUCAGGCUCUCAGUCAGCUGUUUACAAAGAACCCAUGAUUCUGGUUGGCCCCGAGAACCUCACCCUGACGGUUCACCAGACGGCCAUAUUGGAAUGCGUUGCUACGGGAUACCCGCGACCCAUCGUGUCCUGGAGCCGGCUGGACGGCCGUCCGAUUGGAGUGGAAGGCAUCCAGGUGCUGGGCACAGGGAACCUGAUGAUCUCGGACCUCACGGUGCAGCACUCCGGGGUGUACGUGUGUGCGGCAAACAAGCCCGGGACCCGUGUUCGAAGGACUGCUCAGGGGCGCCUCGUUGUGCAAGCGCCUGCAGAGUUUGUGCAGUCCCCGCAGUCCAUCUCCCGGCCGCUGGGCACCACGGCAAUCUUCACGUGUGUGGCACAGGGAGAGCCCGCCCCCCAGCUCACCUGGCUGAAGAACGGGCAGAUUCUGGAGACCAGCGACAAUGUCAAACUGAGGAACAACAACAGCACCCUUACUAUCUAUGGGAUCAGCCUGGAGGACGAGGCGAUUUACCAGUGCAUUGCGGAGAACAGCGCGGGCUCCACCCAGGCCAGCGCCCGGCUCACUGUGCUCUGGGCAGAUGGGUUACCCAGUCCCCCUCGAGACGUGAAGGCUGUGACGGCCUCCUCCACUGCCAUCCAGGUGUUGUGGAGCCAGCCCCUGCAGAACACACAGGAGAUCAUCGGCUACGUGCUGCACAUCCGCAAAACCAUAGAUCCCAUUGAAAUGGAGUACCAGGAAGCUGUUAGUAAAAGUACUUUCCAACAGUUGGUGUCUGACCUGGAGCCUUCCACCAGCUACGCAUUCUACGUGAAGGCCUACACCUCACGCGGAGCCAGCAAGCCCUCGGAGACGGCCACAGAGAAGACGCUGGGGGAAGUUCCAGCCACACCAUUGCUCUUUAUUAAGGUUUUAAACAGCACAUCAAUCCAAGCCACAUGGGAGCCCUCUAUUAAGCUGGGCAUGCACAGGGGCUUUAAGCUUUAUUACCGCAAGGUCCAUGUCUCACACUUCACCGGCCCGCUGUGGCUGCCCAGCAACAUCACGUCCUUCAACAUCACCCAGCUCGACCCCUCUGUGGUGUAUGAAGUGAAGCUCCUUGCCUUCAACCAGCAUGGAGAAGGGAACUCCAGCGUGCGCUUCGUAUCCCUGCGAGACACCGUCGAGCGCUCAGUGCUGAAUACCCCCUGUAACUGUGUAAAGGAUGAACAAAACAAAACUUCCACCACAGGCAUCAUCAUUGGGAUUCACAUCGGAGUCACCUGCAUCAUCUUCUGUGUCCUGUUCCUCAUGUUCGGAUAUCGUGGACGGUUGCUGAUGUGUAAGAACGUACAGGAUCACUUGGCCACACCACAGGUCGUCCGCAAUCAGACCGGGAGCUCGGCAGGGCUGGUGCUGAACAGAGUGUCGCGGAGGGACCUCGAUGAGACUGGAAACACUGGGAAACAGCCUGCCGAUACCAACGAGCUGGAGAGACUGUUCCCAGGGACCCCCCUCCGAGAACAGCCUGACAAAGGGAACGAGACUGACAACAUCCCUAGUACGUUGCACGACGAGAUACAAAUCUCCACCCUCCCGCUAGACGAAGUCAGCAUCAUGGAAGAACGACAGCCGCCGAGUGAGAGUGCUCCAGUAGGGGGCGCCACCGGCCCUUCCGAGAACCACCUCCACCGAGCCGAGGAACAAGGAUGAACGCCAAGUCUUAGAACGCCUCUUGUAGGAUUCUUAUUAACAGUCUCACUCCGUCUCAGGUCAACUGCAUGCUUUUUUUUUUUUUUUUUUUUGAAGGAUUGAUACUCAAUCUGCUCUUGAAAUGCCGUCAGGUCAGGUUUUUAUCAUUCUUAUCAGACUCGGGCCUUUUAUCUUCUUUCUCUUAUUUUCUUUUGUUCUUAUGAAUGAUAAGAUGCAGUCAUAUUGGACAGAUGGACGUUUCUCUAUCGCCAUCUCUCCAGAGGCCGGUUACAGGACACUGCUGCAAGUGACAACAGACCGAGAUUGCCAUCUUCAAUAAAGCCUGUUUGACAGACUUGUAGAUUUCUACAUUUCAGUGAAUUGUUUAACGUUGACAGCCCAGUACCUACACUUGUAGGCCUUUUGAUUUUAGAAAAGGAACUGUAAAGUCCUGCCAGUAACCCUACCAAUGAUUCCACGCGAGGGGCCAGAAGAGGCCUGCUCCAGAGAGUUCUCAGGAUUCUUUUUUACUGUAAAGUUGUUUUUUGCUCAGCUGUGUCAACGGUUUGCCCUACAUGCAGGCUAUUAUAGACUUGGCUAACAACCCUUGGGAUGCUCAAUGUGAACCUACCUCAGCCGGAAAUGAAUGUCUUCUGGGAAGCCACAGCUGUUGUGUCUUCCUUUGUUUUCAACGAGUAUCAAUUGGUCUGUACUUGUUUAGUAAUACCUCAAAAAAAAAAAAAAAAAGUCAUUCUGUUACACACCUGCUACAAAAUAUUUCCAACGUAAGCACUUCCUAACACUGAAGGCAAUGUUCUACCUCAAGUUUUUUUUAAAUGUUUUAUGUAUUAUAAACAGUUCAUAUGUUUCUGUCAGGGGGGUCUUCUGUUCCCUCCAUUAUUUGAUCUACUCGUGGAUUUGAUGGAGUCUCAGAAAACUGUAAAGGACAAGGUGUUGUAUGAAAUUGUUCUCAUGAAGGCUUUUUAAAUAGUGUUUUAUAUUUAGUAAUUGCGUUCCUGUAGUGUGUUCUGACAAAAAAAAAAAAACUCUAGUAUUGUUUAUUUUUUAUUUUUUUAUGUAAAGAUGGUUAGAUAUACAUAGCGCUGCUACUAAUACCCUGAGGAUAAAAAAAAAAAACAGCAACACAAGUUCUGAAGAAUACAAAUUAUAUCAUUUAUAAUUAAAAAUAUAUAGCUGUACUCCUAAGGACUUUUUGGAGAAGUAUAUUUAAAUAAAUAAAUAAAUUCUGCCAAAAUGAGUUCAAUUAAAGAAUAUUUGAAGCAAAGCAAUGAAUAUGUCCAAUUAAAGCAGAUUUGAAAGCUGAUAUUCAGCAGUAACAAGACCUAUUAUUAACUAGAAUUCCUUCUUGGGUGGUGCUUUCUGGGGGUCAGCUGAAUUGAAGGAUUUAAAUGGAAUGCACCCAGUUAUUUAUCAGUCAUGUAAAUGACAUUGGCGUCAGACAGGUGUCCAGUCAACCAGCACUCCUGUAUUGAUUUCAACCCUGUCAUCCCCACAGAAAAGUACUCGGGUUUUACAGAAAAAAGGAGACGCAACUAAAUUGAACAUAAUAUUAAGUGCAUGCGUUGAAGUAACCCAGUGAGGUAACUCCAACACCAUGGGAGCUUGUUUCAAAGCCGUUAUUGGAUGAUGCUGUGCGAUCAGCUCAUUCUCCCCUACUGUAUAAAUUCAACCUCGUCCUAUCUUUGGCCAUGUGACCGACGACAGCUCUCAAGAAAAGAGACUGUGGCACUGUGGUGGACGAUUUCUACCUGAAAAAGAGUACAGUUACGUUUCAGUUCCCUUUUUUCUGGGCCAGUCGGUAUAAUUCAGUCUUUUUGAAAUGUGUUUGUUGUAUCCAUGUGUGAAACGAACAGCUCCUGUUCCCUGGGGGUUCGAGUUGCAGUGUCUUCUGUGGAGCUCAUCUUUCAAGCCUUAGAGCUGGUAGUUCUGUACUGUAGCUUGAGUCAAUGCAUAGGUCUGGUCCCUUACCUCAAUACAAACAGCCACGCUGUCAUGGUGGGCUGUACGAUCAGCAAGUCCAGGACAGUUCAAUACAGGUUGUACAUUAACACAGUCUACAGCAAGGGCAUUCACUGCAGGUUCACUGGAGUAUGUGGACAAAAAAUCCAUUACAUUUUGUUUAAUCUCAUUUCAGGUAAUGAAUGUAAUAGUGACUUUUUUUAUUAUUAUUUUAUGUAUUCUCUUAUUCUGUUUUUUUUUGCAUCACAAUUUUUCAUGUGGUUUGUACAGUUCUGUACUCAGGAGUGUUUAAAAAUCGCAGUGACAUCUAAUGGUAUAGCUGUAGAAGCUGGGAAAAGUAGUUCCUGUUGCGGCAUAUAAUAAACCCCACAGUAGGGUGGAACUACAUUUCCCAGAGUGCAAUGUGACACGCUGCACACUGUAGUGUACUGAUUAUCAGGACCCUGUGGUUGGGUGUUAGCUAUACAGUAAUUAUGCAUAGUAUAGAGUUACAGUACAAAGCCAUAACACCUGCUUUCCAAAUUCUGUUGCCUCAAACACUCAAAUCGCUGACUCACAGUAGUCACGUUUUGUGCAAAACUUGUACACAAAGGCAUGGUAUAGUUAAGUCUGUGAACUGCAAAACGGGGGGGGAAGCACUGAUAAAUCCACUCUCCGGAUUUGAAUAUGCUCAACAUUCCAGGGAUACUCCAGCCUUCUGAAAAAGUAAGAAGUAUUUAAAUGGUAUGAAUAUUGCUCAGAAAAUAUUUUCUUUUAAAAGUAUGUUUCAAUUGAAAUUUGCUUUGUCAUCCACAGUGUUUUUCACACGUGUUUUUAUAUAUAAAAAAAAAAAAAACAAUGACCAACAUCACGGAAUUUAAAUGGUCUAAAAAAAAAAAAAGAUUGAUUGCUUGACAGCACUGCUGCCAAUGUGAUAUCUAUGAGUGUGUAAUACUUGCAAGUGUUUGCCCUUGAACGGAAUAAAUCUGUCCAGAGAGCUAGACUGCCCUUCUUGACUGCAAAGAUUGGGAUCCCAUUCCAGAAGGAAUAUAAGAGCUGCCCACAUUUUAUCCACCAGACAGAUUAAUUAACAGGAGGAGGAUAAAUCUGAAAUGAUCUAAUCCCAUUAAUCACAGCAUUAACAGCAGCCUGUUAUUCUGGACAGAUUAACAUCCCGAGACUCUGUCUGGGACCUCAGGGAAUGUGUCCUCAUGGUAUUGUUUGAGUAGCUAGUAGUGUGAUAGUAGUUACAGGGUAUUUUUCUACUGUUCGAGUCCAGGUAUUUAUUUUGUAAGGCUUCUCUGUAAGCUUCCACCAGCCAAAUAAGCAGCAAUGUAUGUAUUAAAGAAAAGUUAUAAAUGCAGCUCCACUUCAACCCAUUCAUUAUCCAGUUUGUAUUUUCCCAUUGCCUUCUUAACUAAAUACAAUAAUACACAAGCAGCCUGCAUCAAUGCAGGUUACUGGUAUGAAGGGUGGCUCUAUUAAAACUGAUUCUGUUCAGACCUCAACAAGUGCAUUUAUGUCCAAAUUUCAACUGCGUUUUCGUUUUUCAAUAGCGGUUAAUUUCUCUUGUCCUGAGUUUACCCCAUUUUCGGAAUUGCCCGGUGGAAUAGACACAGAAUUAACAGGCAGUUAAGCUCCAAAUAUUGCUAUGGCAACAGCAGGGUAUUUAAAAGAUUGUAGUAAGAAGAUCAAACCUUGAAUCUGAAAAACAAACAGUUUGCUGUGCCAAAGUGUUGCUGGUUCAGCUUUUAAAAGCUUUGAAAAGGAUCAAGAUCCUUUUUUUUCUAGCCUUUGCUGAAAAGACCACAAAUUCUUAUGAAUAUGUAGUAUCAAACACUUUGGUGUACAACAAUUUAGUUGUUAGAGAAUUAGAAUCCCCCUACUGUUUCUAGCAGCUCGUCACAAAGAACAGUUCCCCCUUUUCCCUCCCCGCUAGCUUUUCUUUAUGUACGGCUGAAAUAUUGUCAGUGUAUUUAAAUAGUUUGUGUUCCCUUUCUGUUUUCUAUAUGCUCAGGGCAAUCGCUCAAAGCCUCAACGCUGUCAGAAGUUUGCAGAGCAUUUUCUUUCAUGCUAACUUCCUGCUGCACGUUGUCUAAGCCCCAUACCCCCUCCUGCUUGAAGACUUGCUGGUGUGAAGUUUGAAGCCCUGCAGUUUACUCAGUACUGCUCUUGUCAUUUUGUAAAUGUGUUUGUUACAAAACCUCUCUUACUGUAUAUGUAGAAGUGUUACCAUGUAGUAGCUAUAACAUGAAGUGUAUCUCACAUAUGUUCCCUUCUAUACUGUACAUACUGUAAACAUAACAAAAAGGAGAGCGGUGAAUUAACCCAUGUAAGACCAAACUCUGCUCAAGCUGUGACACUGGAGUAUAUCAGUUGUACAAAACCAAUAGGCAUCAUAUUUUGCUCUGAAACAUAUUCACUGGUGAUGUCACAUGAUGAAAUAGCAGAUGCAAUGCUGAAAUCUUAUUUAAAAUCUUAAUAUUUCGUAUGUACUCCAGUUCGGCAAAUGGGACACACAUUUCAGGGUGAUGAGCUUUCAGACAGGGACUUUAGCCUUAGCCCACACUCUAUGGCCAAGUCUUUGUAAAGGGAUCUGCAGCUGCCACGGCUGUUUAGCUGUGACCGGCCCGCAUCCUCAAGAACUACACUGCAGGGAAAAAGAAAAUCUGCAGAAUGCAACAUUCCGGUAUGGAUUCCCCUCCACAGCGCAGGGGUAUUUCAAACACUACACAAUGUGGAACCGGCUCAAACUCCAAACCAAAAAGCAGUAGCACCUGUUCAGUUACCUGUUAAUCAAAACACGUUCUUGCCGCAAGAAAACAUCCCACAUGCACGAUAGGUCAGUACAGGCGAUGAGAAGUUUAAAAGAGGUACAAUAAAAGCACAAGCUUUAUUCAGGUCAGAAUUCCUCUGCUAGCUGUAGCUGUGGAAGAUCUCACAUUGCCUGUCCUUGUCCCAGGCUCAGCCCUUACACCUACGUUUCAGGUAAAGAGGAGUUCUUGAAGUCUGUGUCAGGAAGCACUUUUUUUUUUUCUUUCUACUAAGUUGUAUUCUCCAUCCUGUUGAAGUCCCGCUGAUGAUAUGAUUGUUGGUCAGUUAUAAAAUAAAAUUAAAAACUAGAUGAUUUUGUAGUUUGUAUUGUUUAGAGUUCAUUGUGAGACCAUUGAUAAGAAGAAUAAAGCUAGAUCUAGUUCUGCAAA